AUCACUCUGACGUACUUCCGGUUUAACAUCAACAUUGAAAACAGUCACACCACACGUGGUUAUGUUCAUCAACUUCAUGGAACUUUUGAUGUAUAAUAUCAAUAUCUAACGAGAAAAUGUCGAGGCUGAUUGUUAAAAACUUACCGAAAAAGAUGAAGGAGGAGAGACUGAGGGCAAUGUUUGGAGCUGUAGGAACCCUCACAGAUUGCUCAUUGAAAUACACAAAGGAGGGUGUGUUCCGAAAGUUUGCAUUCAUAGGAUAUUCAUCUGAGGCUGAGGCAGACCAAGCCAUCAAACAGCUUAAUAAAACAUUCAUCGAUGCCAGUAGAAUUCAGGUUGAAAAAGCUAUGGAUUUUAGCGACCCCAGCAAGCCACGCGCCUGGAGCAAAUACUCAAGUGACAGCUCUAAAUUCCAGAAAAAACAGAAAGGGACUGAUGACAAAGAAAUCGGCAAUCUCAAGGGUAAAGAGAAGAAAGAAAAGAAGAAAAAAUCCAGAGAAAAAGUGGUUGGUGAGAUGUUAGGAGAGUUGAAAGACGAUCCUAAAUUUGAAGAAUUUGUGCAAGUCCAUCAUAGAAGUGGAAACAAGUCACUGUGGUCAAAUGACGAGGUGCUGCCUAAAGGGGGCGCUGUAGAGGUGUCAGAAAACGUAGAGGGCGGAGAGAGCGAGGAGAGUGGAGAUGAUGAGGUGGACGAUGAUAUGCAUGUAGAGGAAGAGGAAGUCAAAGAAGAAAAGGAUAAAUUAGCAACAAAGAAGAAUGUGACAGACUUGGAUUACCUGAAAUCUAAAGUAUCCAGUCAGGCAAUGCUGGAAGACAGCAGCUCAGAAUCCGAGGAGGAAGAUGAAUCAGACACAACAUCCAGCAGGAAGAUGAAGCCACAGGAAAAACGCAGCGAGCCACUUAAAGCUGAACAGAAGUACAUGCUCAAAAUGCGGAACUUACCUGUGUCAUCUGGUGAGAAGGCAAUCAAAGAGUUUUUCAGUCCUAUAAAACCUAAAGAUGUUCGCAUACCCCAAAACAACCAGAAAAGACCGAUCGGUGUAGCUUAUGUGGACUUUUCCUCCGAAAAAGAUUUGAAUGAUGCCAUGAGGAGAAACAAGAACUUCAUCAAAAACAAGAGGGUUUAUUUGAAGAAACAUGAGAUGGUUCAGGAUGACCAGCUUGAUGAAAGACAAAAACAGAUUGAAAAACAGAAUGAUGUACAGUUAGCAGAUACAAAGAAGUGGCAAGAGCACGAGGCUCACACAGACACCAUAGCUGAGACUGGGAGACUAUUUGUCAGAAAUCUACCAUACAACUGUACACAAGAGGAUUUAGAGGCAUUGUUUGGAAAGUUUGGACCUCUAGCUGAGGUUCAUCUGUCUAUUGAUACAGUGACUAAGAAGACCCGAGGUUACGCCUUUAUUUUGUUCAUGAUGCCAGAACAUGCUGUCAGGGCGUACGAACAGCUAGAUGGAACAGUGUUCAUGGGUAGAAUGUUGCACAUUAUUCCUGGAAAAGAGAAACUGGAUGAUGAGAAAGAACAUUCAGAAGGCUCCUCUUUCAAGACAAAGAAAGCCGCGAAACAGAAAGCUGAGGCAACGAGUUCUCAUAACUGGAACACUUUGUUUUUGGGAAUCAAUGCUGUAGCUGAUGUCAUGGCUGCCAAAUACAACACAGAGAAAAGUGACAUUCUAGAUCCAGAAGCACCACAAAGUUUGGGAGUCAGAAUGGCCCUUGGAGAAACCCAGAUAGUAGCAGAAACCCGUGACUUCCUGACAGAGAAUGGCGUCAUCUUGGACAGCUUUAGUCAGGCUGCUGCUCCAAGAAGUAAGACAGUGAUCCUGGUGAAAAAUCUCCCAGCCAACACUGACCCCGAGGACCUGAGGGCAGUCUUCAGCAAACAUGGGGCACUCGGGAGGAUUAUCCUCCCUCCCUCAGGAAUUACAGCUGUUGUAGAAUAUCUAGAUCCAACAGAAGCAAAGUUAGGGUUUAGGAACCUCGCUUACACUAAGUUUCAACAUGUACCACUGUAUCUGGAGUGGGCCCCAAUGGAAGUGUUUAGAUCAUCGGUUGUCAAGGAAACAGAUGACAGCGAUAAACACAAAGACUCGGAAUUACCAGAGAAAGAAAAUGAUGAAGAUGGCAGUUCCUCAGAUGAGGAAGAUGAUGAGACACCAGAACCAGACUCCACUCUCUUUGUGAAAAACCUCAACUUCACAACAACGGAAGAAGGUCUCAGAGAGAAAUUCAAGAAAUGUGGAAAAAUCAGAGCAGUUUCAGUUGCGAAAAAGAAAGACAUGAAAAAUCCAGGGAAGUUCCUGUCUAUGGGUUAUGGCUUUGUUGAAUUUCGGCAGAAGGAGAGUGCAAUGAAAGCCUUAAAGGAGCUCCAACACACCAAUCUGGACGGACAUGCUGUCGAAUUAAAGAUCUCCAACCGAACAACUCUUAUACAAACCAAACCAAAUGCAAAGAAGAAACAGAAAUUGAAGAAACAGACCACCACUAAGAUCCUGGUGAGGAACAUCCCAUUUGAGGCCAAAAAACAGGAAAUUUAUGAACUUUUCAAAGUGUUUGGAGAGCUGAAGUUUGUGAGGCUUCCUAAGAAGAUGGAAGGGACUGGAACACAUCGAGGUUUCGGUUUUGUGGAUUUCCUAACGAGGCAGGACGCUAAGAGAGCUUUUGAAGCCCUUUGUCACAGCACACAUUUAUACGGAAGACGACUUGUGUUGGAGUGGGCCGAGAGCAUCGAAGAUUUGGAUCACCUACGCAAGAAAACUGCUAAACAUUUCCAUGAUGACACCCCAUCCAAGAAACUGAAGAAAUCAGCCAUUUUAGACAACCUUCAAUCUACCAGUCUCGACUUGUAGUGGAAGUUACUGUUCCUUGUACAUUUCAUGAUUAAAUGCUUUAAAAAUA